CAGUGACAUCACUUCAAUGACUCUCUCCUCUCCUCUUUUAAGCGUGAGACAGAGCAGAGUAGGAGUCCAGUGCCUGGAGGUAACACACAGCUGGACCCAACCAUGCAGACUUCCACGGCCCUCAUCCCAACAACAAGCUUGCCUAUGAACUCCACAGCCGCUGCCUAUCAAGCCAACACUAAUGAAACCCUGUGCGACGACCACCACAUCUGGGAAUGGAUGCACACUCCAUCCAGCCUCCCUACAUCCUGAUAAUCAGCGUGCUGGGCAUUCUUGGUAACCUGUUUGUCCUGCUAGUGUUCUGCCUCCACAAGACGUCGCGCACGGUUGCCGAGAUCUACCUUAGCAACCUGGCGGCAGCCGACCUGGUCCUGGUGUCCUGCCUGCCCUUCUGGGCGGUCAACGUGGCCCAUGGCUUCGAUUGGCCCUUUGCGUCCUUCAUGUGCCCCUUGGUGAUCCUGGGCAUCAAGAUCAACGCCAACUGCAGCAUCUACUUCAUGGUUCUGGUGAGCGUGGACCGCUAUGUGGCGCUGGUGCACCCCAUGUCGCACGGGAUGAUGCGCAGGCGGAAGUGGGCCAAGCUGAGCUGUGUGCUGGUGUGGGGCCUGGGACUCUUGCUCAGCACACCGACGCUCAUGUACAGAAGGAGCAUGUACAUCAGUGAGCACGAUGUAACCGCCUGCUCGACCGAUUACCCCAGCUUCCCCGCCAUGUUGGCCUGCGACUCGUUGGCCAUCGUGUUCGGCUGCCUCCUCCCGGGCUGUGUCAUCUCCUAUUGCACCUUUAAGAUUGUGCGUGCUCUGAAGAAGCAGGGCAUGGAGAGGUUCAACGCUGAGAACACAGAGAGGAAGGCCACGCGGUUGGUGCUGGCGGUUCUCCUGGCGUUCUUGAUCUGCUGGGUGCCCUUCCACCUCAACACCAUCGUGGACGUCUUCUUGAGGGCUGAGGUUCUGCAUCAACCCUGCCCCCUGGUUAUUUUCGUGGAGGUAUGUUCACAGAUAUUCACCUUCAUGGCUUUCUUCAACAGUGUGAUCAAUCCCAUGCUCUAUGUCAUUGUGGGGAGGAACUUCCGGAAGAAGGUUCGGGAAGUGUUUGAACAGUUGUUCAAACGGAGAGUAGCGGGCACUGAUUCCGUGCGCUCACAUCUGUCCAGUACGCUCAAGACCCUUGCAUAAACAGGUAUUUAAGAAGUAGCUUUUACCCCAGAAAUAAACUUUGGGUAAGUCAUGGUUUCGAGCUGUGGUCCACUGCUUUCUCUCUCUUUCAACCGACAUUCCUGCCUUAUGUAAUCUGUCUUGACUGUAAUAAAGGCAUUAAAGCCCAUACUUAUUUGUUUAGAAUAAAGG